AUGUCUGGAAAUGCAGCAAAGCUUCAUGCCAAAAUAGUUCAUAACCAUGGUCAGAAGUCGUCCCUUACUUUUACUACUGCGCCUAUCAUAUCAUGGUCCCUACAUCGGGUUUACCCUCUUCUACUGAUUUUUGAUGCAGUACUUAACAAUUUAAUGUGGUGUUGUGAAGAUGUUUGUCUCCCAUUUAUCAAUCUGGUACUCGUGGUAUUGGCCAUAAAUCUAUUGGAUCCUUUCGAUGAAUCGUUGUACGUCAGAAUACUAAAUUCAUGGUUAGGCGUAAUGAGUGGGACCUUUUCACUCUUGUCUGCAAGCUACUAUGUUUCAUCUGUAUUUCGCGAACUUAAACAAGAUGAGUCGCCAACACUCGACGAUAUCGUAAUUGUGAUGGAGAACGUGGUAUACAAAAUGGAAAAGCUUCGACAGGACGUUCGCCCCAUCAUUACUUUAACAUCACGCGAGCUUCUAUCAAUUGGAAUUAUAGGGACACCAGCUCAUUGGAUAGUCAUGAGAUAUCUGCUAUCUCCCAAGCAAUAUUUGAAAGGGCUGCUAAUUUGUCUUUUGAUCUUCCAUUCGACGUGGUGUCAGUCUACGAUACGACUGUGUUGGCGAAGCCUGUUUGUACGGCGAAUAUGGUUUGUCCUACAGAAUGUGAGAUCGAGGAAAUCGGUCCCACCGAUCCCUUACUACAUUGUCAUCGAAAGAAAUUUACAAGUCGCGUUGCCAAGGGGAUCUGAAGAUCUGCCAGAAUCUAAACUGGGCUUAAAGAUAGGAUUAAUUUUAAGCAAAGGCUUGAAUCAUAAAGCAGAAGCCGGUAACUAUGCUACCUUAGACUUAGUCGAAUUUCAGAUAGAUGAGAAUCAACGGAAGUGGCCGUUAGAUGGCUGGACCCAUCACCUUCUGCCAUAUGAGCGGCAAAAGUAUUGUGCCACUCUUGAUCCAGAACAUAGCACUACAAAAUCUCCGUGGGAAUUUCAAGAAUUACUCGAAAGAGAGUGGUUUUGGUUGGAUGAUUCUUGGAAACAUGAAGAUUGGAAUUACGGCGACACAGAAUGGAAUAAUAAGGGUUCUUUUGACUCCUUAGAUUGCUAUACUAGGAGGCGAACCUGGACAAGGCGCGCUUAUAGAAUAAGUAAAACCAUAUAA